GCGCACAUGGCAGUGUUGUGGGAAAUCCCACCGAAAACAAAGUUGACAAUACGUGUGUCACUCGCGGCCUGAGAGGUUGACUAAAUGCUUUGAUUUCGUUAAAAAUGGACAACGAUGUUGAUAAGUUUUAUCGGGAGCUGCCAAAAGUGGAGCUUCAUGCCCAUCUCAAUGGAUCUGUCAGCUUCCAAACUAUGGAAAAGCUCAUUGCCCGCAAGAAACACCUCGGUAUUGAACGCAGUAUGACUGCUAUUCGAAACGACCAGAGGAGGACGUUAGACGAGUGUUUUCAGGUGUUCAAGGUUAUUCAUCAGCUGGUUGAUACGGAGGAGGAUAUUUUGAUGGUGGCUAAGGAUGUUAUAAGGGAGUUUGCAGAUGACGGUGUCAGGUAUUUGGAACUGAGAAGUACACCAAGAGAGGAGAAAAACACAGGACUGACAAAAACGAAGUAUGUUGAAACAAUCCUUGAAGCCAUCCAACAGUGUAAAAACGAGGGAGUGGACAUUGAUGUCAGGUUCCUUGUGGCUGUAGAUCGCAGGAAUGGGACAGAAGUUGCCAUUGAGACUGUGAAGCUGGCUGAGGAGUUCAUGCUCACCACUGAUGGUUUGGUGGUUGGUGUGGAUCUAAGUGGUGAUCCAACGGUGGGACAUGGGAGAGAUCUAUUUCCUGCCCUGGAGAAGGCCAAAAAUGGGGGACUGAAGCUGGCGCUGCACCUCUCUGAAGUCCCAUCUCAGCUGGAGGAAUCAGAGUUGUUGUUGAACCUUCCGCCAGAUAGGAUCGGUCAUGGAACCUUUUUGCAUCCUGAAGUGGGAGGCUCUCAAAUUCUUGUUGACAAAGUGGUGAAAAACAACAUCCCACUGGAACUGUGUUUAACAUCUAACGUUGUGGGUCAAACAGUGCCAUGUUAUUCCAAACACCACUUCCAGUACUGGUACCAUUUGGGACACCCAAGUGUUAUUUGUACUGAUGAUAAGGGAGUCUUCUGUACAGACUUGUCUCAUGAAUAUCAGCUGGCAGCUUCCACAUUUGGUCUCAGUCAUGAAGCCAUAUGGAAACUUUCUCAGGAGGCUAUAGACUGUACCUUUGCACCGGAGACCCUCAAACAGCAGCUGAAGCAGAAGUGGAACGAAUUAAGACCUCACGUGUGCCAAUAACGUUAAUUGGGGCACAAAGCCAAUUACAUACAUUUUAUAAUAAAUUUCUCAUUGGGGAAAAUUUAUAACUGAAAAGUACGGUUUCUUCUGAAACAUUUUAAGCAACACAAAGACUACUCCCAACUUUGUACAUGCUUUGAAUAAUUUAUAUAAAAUACAAGAAUCGGGAGUCAACAACCAACAUGUUGCAUGUAAUGUGAAGACAUAAAAAAAGAUGCAUAUACAGUCCCUCUGGUGAUUCCUUCUUACAGUCAAGUCCAUUCAUUCCUUGUAGUACCCCAGGUGUAUAUAGACAACAAACUGGACUGGACUAAACACUGAUGCCCUCUACAAGAAGGGACAGAGCCAUCUCUAACUUUUGAGGAGGCUGAGGUCCUUCAACAUCUGCCAGACAAUGCUUAAGACGUGGUACGAGUCUGGUGGCCAGUGCUCUCCUGUUUGCUGUUGUGUGUUGGGGCAACAGGUUGAGGGUAGCAGAUGCAAACAGGCUCAAUAAACUGAUCCGCAAGGCCGGUGACAUCGUGGGGGUAGAGCUGGACUCUGGCAGCGGUUUCUGAGAGGAGGAUGCUGUUGAAGUUAUGUGCCAUCAUGGACAAUGUCUCCCACCCACUUCAUGACAUGCGGGUCGGGCACAGGAGUACUUUUACUGAUAAGACUCAUUCUGCUGAAAGGCACUACAGAGUGCCACAAGAGGUAAUUCCUGCCUGUGGCCAUCAAACUUUACAACAACUCCUCCCUCAGAGUGUCAGACACUGAGUCAAUAGUCAUUAGACAGGCCCUUCGACUUAUUUUACCCUGUUGGGUGUUUGUUUGUGCCGUUUGUUUCGUGCUGCAGUGUAGGUAAAGUGUUGUAUGCUGGAGCAUGGUGCACAUAUGUUUUAUAUAUUUUGUUCUUGUUUCUGUUUCUUAUUUUAUCUUCUAUUUCUCUCUGUUUUUGUUGUUUCUAUUUUCUUGUUGGUUUUUCUUGCUAGAAUGUGUGUCUGUAAUGGGAUACAACUUACCAUUGGGGAUGAAUAAAGUAUUUCUGAUUCUGAGAGAUGCUCAGACUCCUUAAACGGGCAGGCCAAACUGCCACUGCUGUAUAAUCAGUCUCAUUA